AUGACUACAUCAAGACAUCAAAUAGCAAGUUUACAACCAAAAAAAUUUGCGUUGUGUUUCUUUCCCCUUGAUAAUUCACUGGAGCCGUGUAAGACGUCUUUGAUCAAGGAGGGGGCAGUUGGUGAAGGGAACAUGGUUCGGCUUUACUGGGAUAAGAAAAACCCAGAUCUACCAGCUAAGAUUAUCUUACUGGAUGGUAUGUAUUCUAUAUUUUUAUUGAAUUGUUGUGUAUUAUUUGUUACAUGCUUUGUAUUAAUGUCUGAUAUAUAGAAGCAGUAAAAGUAGAUUUAUCAUGGUAACUGCAUGCAAACAAAUUGAAAGAAGAUAUUCAAUUGUCAUUUUCUUAUUACAGAUGACUUGAAAAGGUUGGAGAAAAGAAGAAAUGAAGUUAUCGGAACUUUUAAUGAUCCGAUGACUGCGGAAGAUAAAGAUAUCGUCCAAACAUGGAGAAGAAAACGUCGGGCAGAUAAAUUAUCUGAGCCAAAGCCUAAAAAGAAAACGGGACUAGGGAGUUUGCCGGUCGUCACCUCCACCCAAAAAAUCAAUGCUACUACUCACGAUCAAACUCCCAAUAGCCAUUCAACUAUUUCAUCCUCUGUUGAUUCUUCUGUCACUGAUGUACAACUAACGACCAUUGCAACCAAGAAUCCUACUGUUCCAUCCUUGUCUGCUACUUCACCUACUCUACCUGCAAUCGUUGUUCAAGACAGUGAUCUUUCAACUGCUGUGCCCAUUGUUCCUUCCUUAUCUAUCUCAGAUUCUUCAACAGCUUCUAACUCUUACACAAUUUCAACAACACAAACCUCCCAUUCAAGCACCUCCAACAUAUUUCCUAUUUUGUCAGUUUCAAACCACAAUUUUCCAUCUAUUUUACCCACCGUCACAACGUCCAUCACUUCUGUUCCACGAACUUUAACUGUUUCAAACAAUCAUUAUACCUUUUCUGCUUUCCCUUUGGUAACGUCAUCGUCUCAUUCCACAGUUCAGUCAUUCGUCCCUUCAACCAUGAAUUCUGACCCACAACCCUUAGCUCCCUUAACUCUCGAUGUAACUUCUGAACAUAGUCUACCAUAUUCCACUUUUUUAAGUGAGUUACAUGGCACAUCUAAAAACAUGGAAACAAUUGAUGUUUCGUCUUUUAAUAAUCUCUCUUUUGAGUUCGAGGGGACAUCAGAGCCUCGGGUCUCUACUCCUGUUCAGUCUGGUUUUCUCACAUCUUCUUCGCUACAAGAAACCUUUCCUCGUUCUCGCGGCCCAAAUACUUUCCACAACAACACAUUGCCUGGUCAAGCAGAGAACCCCCUAAUUGUUGACCAAAUAAAUACGAAAAUUGACAAUCUUUCACAAAAGGUUGAUAUGGUGUUGGCAAACCAAAGAUUUAUAAUGGAUUGCCUCCAACACAACGCCAACGGCUUUCUAAACCGUCCACCCACUAGCAGGACACCGGUCUCUAUAGCAGCUGAGCAGAAUCGGAACCCUCAAUUCAAUCCACCGGCUGCUGACGACACUACCAGCAAGGAAUUGAUGAUGGAAGAGCUCGAAGCUCUGAAGAAUUUCAAGAAAAAACAAGGGACAACAGAUGCGCAUUUCGCAGUGAUUUUGUUAAAAGAGUACACAACGCCUGAAGAACGCAUGAACUGUACUGUGCAUGGAGCAGGGCCCAACUCAAAGGGAUUACGUACAGAUGUUUUAAUGAAAAUUAAAAAAGGCUACGAAAGGUUUUAUUCGAAUUAUUCAUGGGGUGACGCUAUAAAGGCAAUGAACACUCACAUGAGAAAGUACUGUUCUAGCCGCAAAGACACCCAUGAAUAA